AUGGAAACAGAAGCUUAUAGAAGGAUUCUGGAUCCAGAGACACAUAUACAACCUGAGACUGAAGUAAAGACAGAAGACUCUCCUGAACAUGAGAAUAUGGACCGCAACGAUGACUGCAGGACAAGAAAACAUCAGCUUGAGUCAACACUACUAGAAAAUAAGGAUGUUUCCCAGAAUCCAGCAUCCUUUCACUAUGACUGUAAACAAGAUCUCGACAUUGAGCCUGAAGAAACCAUUCACAGCACUCAUCUUUUAAAAAUCCACACAGAAGAGAUAAUCUUAAGUGGUUUAGGAUUUAAGAACCAAUUUGAACAAAGACAAGUCCCGGGCAAAGACAUUAUGGCUCAACAAGGGGAAAAGCAAGAGGACCCAGAGACUCCAGUCAUCAAAGACGAGCAGGAGGAAAUCUGUAUCAGUCAGGCUGAUACCAUCAACCCCCAAUCAACUCCUGUCCCUGUGAAAAGUGAAGAUGACGAAGAAAAACCUCAGACCUCACAGCCUCAUCAGGGACCAACUGAACAGAUGAAAACAGGAGCUGAUGGAGAAGACUGUGCAGCCAGGAACUCAGAUCUGGAGAGAGAUUUACAACCAGAGAGUGAGGACUCCUCUGAACCUGACACUGAAGACAGCGAUGAUUGGAGGGAGAAUACAGAACAUCAUUCAGGUUUAAAAUCUGUAAGAAAAAAUAAGAGACAAAAUAAUGGCAAGGAAUCACACAGUUGUUCUGCGUGUAGUGAAUCAUUUGAAAGUAAAGCUGAAUUGACAACACACACAAGAAUUCAUGCCAAAGAGAAAAACUUAACUUGCUCUGUCUGUGGUAAAAUAUUUAACCACAAAGGGAAUCUGACCACACACAUGUUGAUACAUACUGGAGAUAAACCUUUCAGCUGUUCCUUUUGCAAUAAAAGAUUCAACCAAAAAGGGCAUCUGAGCACACACAUGUUACUUCACACAGGAGAUAAACCCUUUAGCUGCCCUGUGUGCGAUAAAAGAUUUAACCAAAGAGGGCAUCUGAGCUCACACGUCUUGGUUCACACAGAAGACAGACCCUUCAGCUGCUCUGACUGUGGGAAAAGAUUUAAACGUUGGUUUAACCUGAAACUGCACAUUGAACAACACAAAGAGCAGGCUUCGGAGCUCCCUAGUGACCGAACUGAGGCAAAAAGAGAUGCAGAAUCAGGAUCUGAGGAAGAAGACUGUGGAGGACAAAACCUGGCAACAUUUGAACAGAAACUCCUCAGUUGCUCUAUUUGCAGUAAAAGAUUCAAAAAGAGGGGGCAUCUGACCACACACAUGUACAUUCAUACAGGAGAGAAACCCUUCAGCUGCUCUGUGUGCAGCAAAAGCUUUAGACAAAAAGGGCACCUCACCAUACACAUGCUCCUCCAUACAGGAGAGAAACCCUUCAGUUGCUCUUUUUGCAGUAAAACAUUCAACACAGAUGGGAGUCUUAAGAGGCACAUGAUGGGCCACACUGGAGAGAAACCCUUGUGCUGCUCUCAAUGCGGUGAAAGAUUUUCUUGGUCUUAUCAGUUAAAAAAACACGAGUGUGUUGAAACUCAGGCCUAA